GCCAAACGCCGGUACCGGGAUCCUAUUCUCUAUUCAUCAAUCUACCCACACAAUUUGGUGCUACAGUGCUGCUACUUGUUCACGUUCACAUAUCGGAAUUCCAACAUCAACAACAAAGAACUAGUCACACGACCUAAUCUACACCAUACACAUCAGAAAAAAAAGGAACACAUCAUGGCUGGUCUCCGCGGCAGCAGCAACAAAAACAACCAAUCUUCUUCGACAGCCCCAACAGAAACAUCUCCGCUGCUCCAAGAUUCUGAUCGAAGCCUGGAACGCGUAGCACCGGAACCAAUCGAAGAAGAUAUUGAAUCAGGAGACGACGGCGGAAGAGAAAAUGGGGAUGGAGGAGAUAUCGAAAGACAGAUCAGCAAUGACAGUCGUAACAGCAUCAAGUUCCAAGGAAUGCCGGAAGUCAAGAAACGUAUGAAAUAUAUCUUCCCCGCGAUAGCGAUAGGUGUCUUCCUCGCAGCGGCCGACCAAACCCUAGUGGUAACCACCUACGGCACAAUUGGCACCGAGCUACACGCCCUCAACAAAACCUCCUGGAUAGCGACAUCCUACUUCCUAACUCUCGCCGCCUUCCAACCGCUCUACGGCAAGCUCUGCGAUAUCUUCGGCCGAAAAUCAUGCUUGCUCUUCGCGUACUUCAUCUUCGGCCUCGGGUCCUCGCUGUGCGGCCUCGCGCGCAAUAUGGGUGAACUCAUCGCUGCGCGGGCCUUUGCAGGCCUAGGUGGUAGUGGCAUGACAGUGUGCACGAGUAUCUUGUUGAGCGAUAUCGUGAGCCUGAGGGAUCGGGGCUCAUGGCAGGGCUACGUCAACAUUAUCUAUGCGAUGGGAAGUGCGACUGGUGCGCCGUUGGGUGGGUUCCUCGCGGAUAGUAUUGGAUGGCGAUGGGCGUUCAUCGCACAGGGACCAUUAUGCUUGAUUGCUAUUGCUGCUGUGUGGCUUGCGUUGCAUCUUCCCAAGGCCGACGACUCGCAUUGGAAAGAGAAGCUUGUCAAGAUCGACUUUCUAGGCGCGAUCGUGCUUAUCGUUGCCGUGUUUGGGCUUCUCGUCGGACUGGAUCGCGGCUCGAAUGUGUCAUGGAGCGAUCCGUUUACCAUUGCUGGACUCUGCUGUACGCCACUUUUCAUCGUGUUCCUGCUGGUGGAAGGGUAUGUUGCCAGUCACCCGUUCGCCCCGUUCCGCAUCAUCUUGAACAAGUCGCUCUUCGCAUGCUACAUCUGCAACUUCUUUGCCAUGGGCGGCUCGCUUUCGUGUCUGUUCUUCGCUCCGCUUUACUGGCAGGUCGUUGGGGAUAUGUCGGCUUCGCGCGCUGGGUUCCUGCUCGUGCCUUCCAUCUUUUGCGGUGUGUCUGGGUCGCUGCUUGGCGGUUUCUACAUGAAGAAGAGCGGGAAAUACUACUGGAUCACUGUGAUUGGAUACUCUACCCUCGUCGUCGGACACACUCUGACGCUACUAUUCUCAGGCGCUGUGAUAGAGAGGAUUCCACUCAUGGUUGUUGGAGUCUGUAUCAGCGCUUUCUCCAACGGUAUUGGCAUAACGACUACUCUAAUCGGGCUCAUCUCGAACGCACAGCAUGCGGAUAUUGCCAUAGCAACUGCAUGUUCGUACCUCUUCCGUUCUUUGGGGUCUGUUUUUGGCGUUUCCAUGUGCGCUACGGCAUUCAACCAGACGCUGCGAAAGACGCUCCAAACUGCACUGCACGGUGAUGCAAAUGCAGGAGACAUUGCGGAUCGUGUCAGACAGUCGCUGUCGUAUUACCGAAGCUUGGAGCCCGCGCUCAAAGAGGUGGUCAAGGAAUGCUACAGCAAGAGUGUCAGGGCCGCCUUCGGUGUUAGUUUGAGUCUCGUUGUGGGCAGUGCAUUCUUUUCAUGGUUCAUAAAAGAGAAGAAGCUUGGGAAAUAA